AUGCCUCAAGUCACAUCAGAUCUACCAGGAGACGAUGUGGAUGUACGCGAACAUAACCUUCCAUCUCGAUAUGCGCUGGCCGAUCCAGCUUUUGACAAAAGAGGAAGGAUUGAUCUUCUAUGUGGCGUUGAACUGGCAAACGAGCUCACCACUGGUAAACGGAUACGAGAAGGGUCUCUCACCUUGGAUGAAUCAAUUUUUGGCUGGAUUGUGAGUGGAUCAGUACAGUUACUAAGCAAGUGCAAUGCUGAUAGAGUUUUGCAAACAAACUUCGUCCGUCAGGAGUCUGAUCUGGACAUUAGUCGCUUUUGGACAAUUGAGGACUUGCCUUUGAACCGAUACCCUCGAUCGAAGGAUGAAGAAUUUGUUGAGGAUCAUUUCGACAAAACAACCAUAACUAAGCCAGAUGGUCGCUACUCUGUUAGUUUGCCUUUCAAGACAACCGUUGGAACCCUCGGCGAAUGCAAAGCCAAUGCACUCAAACGAUUCUUCAGUCUGGAACGCAAGCUUAAGCAGGAUGUGGCUUUGUACACUCAGUACCGAGACUUCAUCAAAGAGUUCCAAGACAUGGGUCACCUAGAAGUCGUACCACCAGAUGAGCUCGCAAUGUCAGAGAAAAGAUGCUACUACCUUCCCCACCACUGCGUUCUAAAGGAUAGUACAACUACAAAGCUACGAGUUGUCUUUGACGCUAGUGCUCUUACUAGUACCCGAAUUUCACUGAACGAUGCACUGAUGGUUGGCCCUAAGCUUCAAGACGAUUUGUUUGAUCAUCUGCUGAGAUUCCGAUGCUACCCCAUUGGAAUCACCGGAGACAUUGAAAAGAUGUAUCGUCAGGUGGCUCUUAACAAGGAGGAUAAGGACUUCCACCGAAUUCUCUGGAGAGAUGUGCCCGACCAACCAAUAGAUACAUACAGGAUGACCCGAGUGACAUAUGGAGUUGCUAGCAGUUGCUAUCACUCUGUUCGAUCACUCAUAGAAGCAGGAAAGCAUUCUUGUGUCGAAGAAACAAUCAGUCGAGACUUCUACGUCGAUGACUGGUUGACUGGCGCAGAUGACUUACCCUCGGCGAAGAAACUGAUCAAUGACGUUAGAUGUCAGCUAGCAACGAAACAGUUUCCUCUACGGAAAUUUGUAAGCAGCUCAAGAGAAGUCAUGGAAUCCUUGCCCAGUGAGUUGCGCGAAAACGAACACGAGUUCUCAGCAAAACACUACUCUGUGAAAGCAUUAGGAAUCAAGUGGCUUCCGACAAACGAUGUCUUCGUCUUCAAAGUAGCCCACGAUCUGAAGGAGAACAUGACAAAACUAUCUCUACUCUCAGACAUCUCUAAGAUCUUUGAUCCUCUGGGCUGGCUGACUCCGAUGACGCUUCCGUUGAAACUCAUCAUGCAAUCCUCUUGGUCGCGGGGAAUCAAUUGGGACGACAAACUCCCCGAUGAUAUGAUGGAGACGUUUCUAAGGUGGAGGACUAAAGUUCACAAUGUGGAGAAUUUUGACAUACCGAGACAUGUUGUGGAGGACAGUUUUGAGCUUCAUUUGUUUUGUGACGCAUCAGAAACCGCAUACGCCAGUUGUAUCUACGUCAGGAACAUAAAGACGAAAUCAACCAAUCUUUUUGUGGCUAAAUCAAGAGUGGCACCUUUGAAACCGUUGACGAUCCCCAAAUUGGAAUUGUGUGCAGCUGUGCUAGGAUGCAAGUUGCUGGACCAUACGAGGAAAAGAUGGACCAUACGAUCCUACUUCAAAAAAUAG